AUGUUGCUUUCCUCGUGUCUUUUGGCGAUCGCUUCCUUUGCCGCGGCAGUACCAACCAGGGACAUCAAAGUGCGUGGCAGCAACGCCAAUGCAUAUGCUCCAUCUGCUGCGAAGUGUCCAGCGCAGAAAUUGGUCCGUGAAGCGACGAGUAUUAAUUCUCUUGAAGAGGAAUACAUUCAAAAACGGAGAUGUAAUGCAGAUGCCUCACUAGCGGCUUGGUUGGAGAAGCAGGGUUCGUUUUGUACGACAAAUCUCCCGGUUGUUGGGCUUGCGAGCUCGGGUGGUGGGAAUCGUGCUCUUCUGGAGACGGCUGGUGUUAUUAAAGCGUUUGAUGCACGAGAUGGAGAUGAUAGCGUCGGUGGCAUAUUUCAAGCAUUGACUUAUGAAUCUGGGUUAUCGGGCGGAGCGUGGUUCCUUUCCUCCCUGGCUGGAAACGACUGGCCUACGGUUUCGUAUCUCCAAGAGACGUUGUGGAAUGAAGAAUUCGAGGACAGUCUUCUUGUUCCAGAGGACAUAUUCUCGGCUUCUGGGAUAUCAGACUACAGCGAUGUUGUUGCACAGGUCAAAGCGAAAGAAGAUGCGGGCUUCAACACCACAAUCGUCGAUCCUUGGGGAAGACUCAUCUCGCACGCCCUGCUCGAAGGCCCAGACGGCGGCGUGAGUAAACGUCUCUCGGAUAUGGUGAAGUAUAGCAGCUUCGAAAACCACGACGUUCCAUUCCCAAUCAUGACCGCAAUCUCCUUCAACAACUCUCUCAACGGCUGUAGAUUACCCAAUGCAGCUCUACAAUACGAGUUCACCCCCUACGAAUAUGGAAGCUGGGACGCCGGUGUCAAAGCCUUUGCCAAUACCGAAUACAUGGGCACCGACAUGACCAACGGCAUCCCAACCGACCCCUCAAAAUGCAUCACCCAAUACGACAACCUGGCCUACGUCCUCGGGGUCAGCAGCGACGUCUGGACCUCCUACUGCACGGAUUUCCCACCCACCAACACCUCCCUCUCAGGCGUAAUGAUCGAUAUCAUAACCCGCGCAUCUCCCGACCCCAUCGAAUUCUCAGAUCUAGCAGCAUACUUCCCAAACCCAUUCCACGACCUCCCAACAUCACCCGCCGUCUCCGACCAAGAAACUCUAACCCUCAUCGAUGGCGGUCUCUCAGGACAAGUCACCCCAAUAUGGCCUUUCAUCCAACAUCACCGCACCCUCGACGUCCUAAUCGCAACCGACAAUUCCGCAGACCUAUCCAAUAACUGGCCAAACGGCAGUUCCAUCCACCAAACAUACCUCAGUUCCCUCGAAGCAGGUCUCACAAGAAUGCCCUUCGUUCCCCCAGCCGAGACAUUCCUCGCAGAAGGCCUAAACAAACGCGCGACAUUCUUCGGAUGUAAUGAGACUUCUGAGAAGAUGAUGAUUGUCUAUCUCCCUAAUACGGAAUUUGUAUAUCCUUCAAAUACAAGCACGUCGAAACUUUCAUAUACCAAGGAGGAAACUACGGGGAUGAUUGCGAAUGGUGUGGAGAUUGCUUUGCAGAGUGGUAAAGAAGAUUGGCCGCUUUGUUUGGCGUGUGCGAUUAUGAGUAAAGAGGAGGGGUUGCCUGAGGGUUGUAAGGCGUGUUUUGAAGAGUAUUGCUAUUAUCCAUGA